AGAAAUUGCAGGAUUCCCAAAAGAAGCUGGACUAAAUCAGUUUGAAGAGUUGGGCCAAGAUGCUCUCUUCUCUUAAGGUGGUGCUGCUGGUCACAGCACUGAAGAGCUUCUGGGCCCAAGAUGUGCAUGAGGACAAAAUGAACAGAAGAUCUCGGGACAAAACUCAAGCUGCAAGUAUCCAUAACGGACAAGCUAUCUUGGAUGAGGACUGCACCUUGGAUCUCUCCUUCCUAUUGGACAGUUCUGAGAGUGCCAAGGAUAACCACAAACAGGAAAAAGAAUUUGCUAUGAAUGUGGUAGAAAGACUCCAAGAUCAUCAGCUGCAUUCUGGUCGCCGCUUGAGCUUGAGAGUGGCCCUGCUGCAGUACAGCAGCCAUGUCAUUAUCGAGCAAUCCUUCAGAGACUGGAGAGGACUCCAGAACUUUAAGACUCACACAGCUCCCAUCAUCUACAUCGGACAUGGCACCUACACCACCUACGCCAUUACCAACAUGACCAAGAUCUACCAGGAAGAAUCCCGCCCUGGUAGCAUCAAAGUGGCCAUGCUGCUUACAGAUGGUGUCUCCCACCCCAGGAACCCGGACAUUUUGUCUGCUGUUGCAGAUGCAAAAAGCCAAGGUAUCAAAUUCUUCACUGUGGGCAUCACACCAGCCGCCAAUGAGCCAGCCAAUGUGGCACAGCUCCGACAGCUGGCCAGCUCCCCGGCCUCCCGCUUCCUCCAUAAUUUACAGGAUGAAGGCGUGAUUGAAAAAAUUGUAACUGAAACUACUAAGUUGGGCGAUGAAGGGUGCCCUCUAGCUCAGAGAUGUCAUAAAGGAGAAAGGGGACCAAAUGGACCUGCGGGAAAGAAAGGUCGUCCUGGAGAUGAUGGAGCUCCAGGUCCUAAAGGGCAAAAGGGGGAAGCUGGACUAGGUGGACUACCUGGACGGGAAGGCGCUGAGGGAAAACCAGGUUAUAAAGGAGAGAAGGGUGAGAGUGGUGAAUGUGGCACUCCAGGUAUCAAGGGAGACAGGGGUCGUGAGGGUUCAGCCGGUGCAAGAGGACUUAGAGGUCUACAGGGGUUACCAGGACCACAAGGGGACAUCGGCCCUGAGGGCCCACAGGGGAAACAGGGUGAACGUGGCCUACCUGGUCCACCUGGUUCUCGGGGAGAAACUGGUAUUGGACUUCCUGGACCAAAGGGUGAUAUGGGAUUCCAAGGCCGAUCAGGUCCUCCUGGUCCUCAUGGAGUGGGUGAACCUGGCCUUCCUGGGCCUCAAGGACCACAAGGUUUUCAAGGGGAAAAGGGACCCCAAGGCGAGGGCCUUCCAGGACCUAAGGGGGAUCGGGGUCUGCCAGGGCUGAGGGGGCCGAGAGGACAGACUGGUGUAGGGAUCAAAGGAGAUAAGGGAGAAUUUGGCCCCCCGGGUCUUCCAGGGCCAAGUGGAUUGACAGGACUGGGCAUACAGGGGGAGAAGGGUGUUGAGGGGCCGAGAGGUUCACCAGGGGUCAGAGGACUCCCAGGAGAAGGUUUACCUGGACCCAAGGGAGACCAAGGCUUACCAGGAGAACAAGGAACUCCAGGAGAGCGAGGAAUUGGUGAGCCUGGGCCAAAGGGUGAGCCUGGAGCAGCUGGUUUGGGUGGGCUUCCUGGUCUUCCAGGAGAGGAUGGGGCUCCUGGACAGAAGGGGGAGCCUGGUUUGCCUGGCUUUCGAGGUCCUGAAGGAGCACCAGGAAUUGGUACUCAAGGGGAGAAGGGUGACCAGGGUCAGAGGGGCAUCCGUGGCUUACAUGGCCCUCCUGGGAUCACAGGGCCCCCAGGCCCAAAGGGAGAACCCGGCAUACCAGGCCGAUUAGGCAUGCCAGGGCCCACAGGACGCUCCAUAGCAGGGCCAAAGGGUGAUGUUGGUCCUCCUGGUCUUCCUGGGCAUAUCGGGGAAACAGGUCAUGGGCUUCCAGGUCCAAAGGGUGAUCGUGGUCAACCAGGUUUGCCAGGCCCAUUUGGCCCAAAAGGCGAAGGCCUCCCUGGUCCUGUGGGCCCUCCAGGUUUACCAGGCUUACCAGGUGAGCCAGGCCCAGAAGGCAUUGGAAUUCCUGGUCCCAAGGGUGACAUCGGUUUCAGAGGAUUACCAGGUUUGCCUGGCCCACCCGGAGAAGGUUUACAAGGACCCCAAGGAAAUAUUGGGAGAUCAGGACCUCCCGGCCCAGUUGGACCUCCAGGAGAAGGUAUUCAAGGCCCAAAGGGUGAACCUGGAUCUCAGGGUAUGACUGGGCCCAGAGGACCAUCAGGAGAUGGAUUUCCUGGAGUUAAGGGUGAUCGCGGAUUACAAGGAGAGAGGGGAAUGAAGGGGACUAGAGGAGACAUAGGGGAGCCUGGUUUACCUGGUGAGGCAGGAAGGCCAGGAGCAAAAGGAGAUGCAGGACUUACAAGGGAAGAUAUUAUUAAGGUCAUUAGAGAAAUCUGUGGAUGUGGAAUCAAGUGCAAGGAAAGGCCAAUGGAGCUUGUGUUUGUCAUUGACAGCUCAGAAAGUGUUGGUCCAGAGAACUUUGAAAUUAUUAAAGACUUUGUCACAAGGUUGGUGGACCGGACAACAGUUGGGCGUAAUGCCACCAGAAUUGGACUGGUCCUCUACAGUCUAGAAGUCCAUUUGGAGUUCAAUUUGGCUCGCUAUAUGAGCAAACAGGAUGUUAAGCAGGCAAUCAGAAAUAUGCCAUAUAUGGGCGAGGGAACCUACACGGGGACCGCCAUCAGAAAGGCAACUCACGAAGCUUUUUUCAGUGCCCGGCCUGGUGUCAGGAAAGUGGCUAUCGUGAUCACUGAUGGUCAAACAGACAAACGAGAGCCUGUCAAACUUGAUAUAGCAGUACGGGAAGCUCAUGCUGCAAACAUUGAGAUGUACGCAUUGGGAAUCGUCAACUCUUCUGAUCCUACCCAGGCUGAGUUUCUGCGAGAACUCAAUCUCAUUGCUUCUGAUCCUGACAGUGAACAUAUGUACCGUAUUGAUGACUUCAAUACUUUAUCAGCACUGGAGUCUCAACUUGUCAGUCAGUUCUGUGAAGAUGAAAAAGGUGCCCUUAUCUACAAUCACAUUAUGAAUGGGCACUGGAAUGACAACAAUAGACAUAUGUUGGGUAACAAUAGAUAUGGAGUCAAUAACAAUGGCUAUAAUGGCUAUGGGAACAAUGGUGAUCGUUAUGGUCAAGGAAACAAUGGAUAUAGUAAUACUUACAGUUACCAAGAGGACAUCCUAAAUCAGAGGCAUGCCAGCAGCAGAGGCCGUGGAGACACUUUUACGCUCCCCAUCACUGCAGAUAACGUGGCUAUUCAGGUGGAAGAAGAUGAUGAAGGGGAAGACCUAGACUUCAGGACCUAUGUGCAGGCUGUAGUUAACAAAACAUCUAUAUUAUCUGUGAGAGAAAACUCCAAUGAAGCUGAUGUCUCGUCAUCAUCUUCAUUGUCAUCAACAUCUUCAUCAGUACAUAGUUCAGGUUCAGCUCGAUCCACUCAGCUACAACUCGGGGCUACUCCUCUCCCGCCUGGAGAAUCCACUCUUCUCGAUCCCCGCUGUAACCUUGGGUUAGAUCAAGGCCCUUGCCGAGACUACAACAUCCGCUGGUACUACGAGAAACAAGCCAAUGCCUGUGCACAGUUUUGGUACGGAGGCUGUGGAGGAAAUGACAACCGUUAUGAAACAGAAGAUGAAUGCAAGACAGCUUGUGUUGUAUCCAGAACAGCUGGAUAAAAGGAGAACAACAGGUGUGGCUGUUUUCUGAAGACAUCGUGAUAGCAGCUAAAAUGAAGAGGCCUCUUCUAAUAUAGAAUAUGUUUUGUUAUUAAUUAUAGUGUGUUCUGUCACUUGUGCUUCAAUAUCUGUCAUGAUUUAACAUCCCAGCAUUGCUACAGGGAAGUGAUGACAAUCAAAUAUGUCCAUGUAGGUUAGAAUGGGCUGGAGUAGAAGCUUGAUGAUGUUCUGGUGCUGAAACUGUUGUCAGUGAAGCUAAUGAUAAUAUACAUUGUUAUAAUACACAGUUGGAAUCACCUGUGUUGGUUUUCAACUUACUGUGAACUGAAGUGAUUUUGGACCUGUCUUUUGGACCUGUUUGAUCUUGGACAGAGAAUUUCAUAAAAUGGUACUAUAUGUCAUGGGCAUGGGUCAUCUUGAGAGCCACAUCUAUUUUGGAUGUUCCCACUACUGAUAUAUCAAGUAAUGUGCAACAAAUAUCAAAAACUAUUUUAACUAAAUGAAAAAUCAAACAUUUCAAACUGGCAUAAACUUCAUUGGCAUAAACUUCGCUACCAGAGAGCUGCAUGUAGCCAUAAUGGCUAACUUAAGCUUCUUACUGACGUACAGUACAUAAAUCACCUUCUUCACAUUUUAGAUUUUUUGUAAAGAUAUAAAUGUAUAAUUCUCUGAGCCAUUUCUGUCCACACAGUCAUUUAUAAGCACAACCACUGUAGAAAAGGUUUAAUUUACCUUAUGUUGAUGUAUGAUUUAUUGAAAUAUAAAUGUUAUGCUCUGAUUACAAU